CUAUACUUCAUUUGAGAACUAUCAACCAAGCAGGGCACAAGAGGACCUGCAAACAUGUCCAGGAUAUUUAAGCAGAGCUUAGCGCUCUUACUUUUUGUAGCCUUUUUCUCUGGCAAGCAUGCACAAAACAUAUUGGCCAACAAAGAUAACUGCUGCAUCUUAGAUGAGCGAUUUGGGGAAUACUGCCCAACAACAUGUGGUAUUUCAGAUUUUUUAAACAGAUAUGAAUCAGAAGUAGACACAGAUCUGCAAUACCUUGAAGGUUUGCUAAGGCAAAUCCAGAAUUUUACAGUUGAUACUACAACAAUAGUGGAAGAUCUCAGAGGAAUUGGAAAAGCCCCCUCUACAUCUCCGCAAAACCUCAUAGAUCCUAUUACUCAAAAAUCCCGAUCCAUGCUGGAUGAAAUUGCAAGAUACGAGCAGACGGUCAUUCAAUAUGAAGAAAACAUACAAUAUUUACAAGACAUCUUAACUUCAAACAACAAUAAAAUCUUUACACUGAAACAGAAGACUGCCGCAUUGGAGCUGCAAUGCCAGCAGCCAUGCAAAGAAAGUGUUAAAAUACAGGAAUUUACUGGAAAGGAUUGUCAAGAUGUUGCAAAUAAGGGUGCACGGGUUAGUGGUCUAUACUUCAUCAAACCUCUAAAGGCCAAGCAGCAGUUCCUUGUGUAUUGUGAAAUUGAGCCAUCUGGCAGCGCAUGGACUGUUAUUCAAAGAAGACUUGAUGGUAGUGUGGACUUUGGAAAGAACUGGAUACAGUACAAAGAAGGAUUUGGAUAUCUGUCACCCAACGAUGAGACAGAAUUCUGGCUUGGUAAUGAAAAAAUACACUUGAUAAGCACCCAAUCUACUAUCCCUUAUGUUUUACGGAUAGAACUUGAAGAUUGGAACAAUCAAAAGAGUACCGCAGAUUACAACACAUUCAGACUUGGAUCUGAAAAGGACAAUUAUCGUCUGACCUAUUCUUACUUUAUGGGUGGUGAUGCUGGUGAUGCGUUUGAUGGCUUUGACUUUGGGGAUGAUCCCAGUGACAAGUUCUUCACAUCUCACAAUGGCAUGCAGUUCAGUACUUUUGAUAGAGACAAUGACAAGUUUGAAGGAAACUGUGCAGAACAAGAUGGCUCUGGUUGGUGGAUGAACAGAUGUCAUGCUGGUCACCUCAAUGGCAAAUAUUAUCGUGGUGGUAUUUACUCUGAAAAUGACAGCCCUAAUGCCUAUGACAAUGGUAUUAUUUGGGCCACUUGGCAAAGUCGAUGGUACUCAAUGAAGGCAACGUCAAUGAAGCUCAUCCCACUCAACAGAUACGGGCAAGAGGGACAGCAGAUAUAUGGAGGAUCAAAGAAGGUUGGAGACAUAUAAAUGGACAGUUUAAAUAAAAAAAUUGGAAACAGGGAAGAACCAGAUUUUUUUUAAAAAAAAAAACAGUUUGCAAUAUCUUUGUAGCCUGUACUUUGCACUAUGUCUAAUACAGAAAAACACAAACAUUAAAUGACCUCAACAAAAGCAAAAA